UGCUGCGACCACAUCUGGGUCCAAAUGUAAUUGCAGUCCAGAAACAGGAGCUGCCUUGUUAAGAAGCCCAAUCUUUUCUUCAACAUUUGAAGCAAAAACAGAAGAUGAAUUUCCAACGUGACCUUGUUAAUGAUUUCUACAGCAUCUUCCACUUGACAAUAGCAUCGUCAUCGAUUUAUUAUGACGCCACGAAGUACUUGAUCACGUUCUACGGUCGGUUGUAAGGCUCCUAAUACACUAGAUGGAGCUACUACGGCCGUAGUGUACAUACGUGGGAGUAAAUAAUAUCGAUCCGAAACAUUUGUCAGACUAAUGUGAAAUUCCGCGAAGUGCUUGUAAAACUCUGUGGAGAUUUAAUGAAAAAAAUGAGGGGAAAAUGUACAAUCGUUUCUUACAUUUUACUCGCGAUCCUAUGCGAGUUUACAGAGUGUUACAGUGUAAAAAAAUAUUCGUUACUUAUGCCAAAUGUUAGACCAAACAGGGAAGAAAUGUACUUAUGUACACCUGUCAAAGUGGACCCCUCUCAAAAUUACUAUAUAGUAGGUUUUGAACCAAAUGCAACAAUGGCAACUGCUCAUCAUAUACUUUUAUAUGGUUGUGGAAAGCCAGGCAGUUCAAAGGAUGUUUGGGAUUGCAGCAAUAUGGAACAUCAUACAAACAAAAAUGACAAAGCAAUGGUUCCUUGUGCAGAAGAUGCCCAGAUAUUGUAUGCUUGGGCAAGAGAUGCACCAACAUUGAUUUUACCAACUGGUGUAGGCUUUAAGGUUGGUGGGGAUUCUUCGAUCAAGUACUUAGUUUUACAGGUCCAUUAUGCACAUAUCGAUCAGUUUAAAGAUGGCAGAACUGAUGAUUCUGGUGUAUUUCUUCAUUACACAUUAAGACCUUUAAAUAAGCUAGCUGGUAUUCUUCUUCUGGGAACCUCAGGUGCCAUACCUCCUAGGAGUACAACAUAUAUGGAAACAGCUUGCACGAUAAGAGAAAAUAAAACUAUCUAUCCUAUUGCAUAUCGAACCCAUACACAUUCACUUGGAAAAGUUGUCUCUGGAUAUUUGAUAAAACCAGAUUUCACGUGGAUAGAAUUAGGCAAAAGAGACCCUCUAACACCUCAAAUGUUUUAUCCUAUACAUAAUAAGGUUUCGGUUAGACAAAACGAUCAAAUAGCGGCUCGUUGUACUAUGCAAAGUACACGCGAUAGUUGGACCUAUAUAGGUGUGACUAAGGCAGACGAAAUGUGCAAUUUUUAUUUAAUGUAUUAUGUUGAAAACGAUGAACCAUUAUCUAUGAAAUAUUGUUUUACUUUCGGACCUCCUAAAUAUUAUUGGAAGGAUGCUGGACUUUUUAACAUUCCGGAUAUAGAGGCAUCCAGUUUAUAGUGAAAUAGUAGUCUCAAUUAUCUGGUAUAAAAAUUGGUACAUCUGCAAGAUUUAUGACAAUGGAACAGACUAAUGCAUUUUAUCUAGUUAGUGUAGUAAAAUGGUACUUGUUUCUUAGUGAUGUUAGCAUUUUAAGUUUAUUAGACAAUUAUGAUACUCUUUAAAGUAAUUUUACUUUAUCAGUUAUAAUCCGUUCCUUUCAUCUGUGUGUACUUAACUGCAUUUAAAUUAUUUAUGUUUCGAAUACUUAAUUAGUUAUAAAUUUUUAAAAAUUUUAUCCAUAUUAAUAAGCGAGUAUUAUAUUGUACAUAAUAUUGUCUAAUAUCGAAAACAGAAAGGGUAAUGUAAAGAUGUUGGCCUACGAAACGCAAGGUUUAAUAUUUUUACUACUUUUCUUACGCACAAUUGACGAUUUUUUUAACACCUUCGGUCAAUGUUACUUUCAUUAAUUGCUGUAGCCGUUAAAAUGUAUUUUACACAUACUUUAGUAUUGUUUCGUUUAAUUCAGAAUUUUAGAAAGUGGGGCAAAUAGUUGUAAAUUAAGUACUUAAGUCCAUACACGUUUCCAUAGUACUUAUUUUGUAAAUUUGAUAUACUUCCGUACAUCCAGCGACGUUGUUGCGAUGCAAUGCAGACUUAAGAAUAGUGUUUAUCAACAAUGACGUAAUGUUACAAUGAAAGGAUUUUGUGUACAGGUUGAGACACUUAGAAAAGGCCACUUGAAUAAUUCAUUCGCUUCUAGUGAUGGAUAAAAAUGCUUCGAACAAAUCUUGUUUGAUUUUGACGUGAAGGACGUGUGAAGGUCAAGUACUAUAUUUCCUAUCGUGAUUGAUCUUUAUUGAUCUUGAACCGUAGGUUAUUGAUCUACGUCACCAUAUAUCUUGAAUAAAAUAAAAAUCAAUGUAUACACGGAUAUACAUUUACGCUAGGCAUUUGUUCGUCUAAUUUUUGUAUUUAAUUCACAUAUCUGCGUACGAUCGUGCUAUUGUUUGAUACGAUGCUAUGGUAUCAACACCUGCUCUGACUUUCACACGUCUAAAAAACCAUUUCUUAUCGCCAAUAUAAUUUCUAGCAUUAACUUUCUCUUCUACCAAGGGGAAUUUUAUACUAUUAUCGUGAUUCAUUUUUCUUUUAUGGAUUUCGUAAUUUGAGUUAAGAUAAGCACUUAUCUGUUCACUGAACAUUGCUCGGGCAAGCGUUUUCCUUGUUUGAAAAUGUUAUGAAUUUAUUUCUCUCGCAAACGAUUUGAAUUUAUUCACUUUUAAUUGUAAUUUCUAAUUUAAUUGUCCUUAUUUUAUUUAUCAUCAAAAGUACCACGAAUCGUUCGAGUGGCUCGUUUAAAAUCUCAACUCGUAUACGUACUGACGCGAAUCAUUUUAACCAAUAAUAUAUUUUUAAACUGGGUGGUGAACUGGAACUGUACAUAAUAGAAUUUGUUUAGAACUAAUUGACUGAAAGUAAAACAUUUCCACGGUGUCCUACGAUCGAACUAUACAUCUAAAUAUGAUUAACCCUUUGAUUACGAAGGGCACACGUAUACGCCUAUACUUUAUAUCCCAUUUAUUGCAUUUACUUUUCUACUAAAUUACUUCGAUCGUGUUUAUGGAGAAAAGCCCAAUAAAAAAUCCUUUUUCUUUGCGUCUAGUUUCGUACACUGUGAUUGCUUUUAGUUCCAAGCACGCCGGAGUCAAAGGGUUAAUAUAAAUUAUUUUCGAAAAUAUACAGAAGAU